CUCCAUAGUUGUCAAUAAACUUUCAAGAUGGCGGAUUAAUAGGGGCACCUGCCAAACCGUCGAAUUUUAACAAAUUCAGAUCUAAGUCCUGCUGGUCGGGAACUUACAUUUACAAAUCAACAUGGCCACAAAAGAAAAAGUAAAGAAGAAGACAAAGAAAUUUCAAGAACAAAAAGAUGAUGAGCCGACCGGGCAGUGCCCAUAGCCAGAUCAGUGUAAAGGAAGCUGAGAACACGAAGGACAACACUUGGGACAGUGGUCCACCAGAGAAGUUCAUUGAAGAUGAGAAUAAACAAGAGAAAGAUGAAACAAAUAAACUGGGAGGCAAGAACAAACCAAGUCCAAUGGAUACACCACAAAAAAACAAGCCAAGCCCUGUGGGUACUCCGCAGAAAAGUAAGAGUCGAGAUGGUACCCCAAGUAAAAAGACCAAAUCAGAGGGUACUCCAAAGAAGGGAAGGAAAAAGACACCAGUGAUACCGGAACGAUCACCAAGCCCUGCUCUCUCGUUGGUCCCAACAGAGGAUAUGAAUCGAUCCCCGUCACCAUACCGCAAAAAUAAAGUGGACCCAAGGGCGGGAACGAAAGAAAUGGGGAGUGCUGUAUCAAUCAAAACUACAUCAACAGUCAGAGAGGCCUGGACAGAUAGGAGUGAAACAGCAUCUUUAGAUGUUUUCACCGUUGGAGACAAAUCGACCAGUGUAGUUAGUAUUAAGGAUCCCGGGAGGAUAAACGGGGCCCAUAAAUCCAAGAGGCCUCCAGGUCUGGAUAGGGCCAGCUUGGGUAGUAAGGAUGAGGAAAUCUCUCAGAAUGCGUAUAUCCCGUACCUCUACGCUAGACGGUGUAUUGCCAAGGUGGUUGAUGACCUCCAAAACAUGAAGCACAACCACAUCAGGAUUGUAGGGGACAUGCAGACACAGUAUAAGGAAAUUGAGGACGAAACACAGUCCCAGUUCAACAUCUUUGUCUUCACCCUUAGACAACAGUACUCAAAUAAGGUGCACACAUUCAAACAAGUGAUUGACAUACAUCGCGUGGACUUGCAGCAGAAGGAGGCUUACUGGAAUGAAAUGUUGGCAAGUUUGGCUGAAAGAAACAAUAGACUUCUGAAAGACAAGAAAGUACUACUCAUACAAAACAAAGUGGAGAUAGAGAGACUGGAGAAAGAAAAGAUGGAGAUCCAGACAGAACUCACUCAACGGCUUGAUAAGUCUAAUGCAGCCCUGGUCGCAGCUGAGAGAGACACUGGUACUGCUGAUGAGUUGAAGGCUGUGGUUGCCCAGCUUGAUGCACAGAAAGUUGAAGUUGCAAGACUUGAAGCAGAGCUGGCUGCCAGUAAAUCGGUAGGUGCGGCAACAGUGACUGCCGCGGCUGUCGUGGCAACCAAGGACGAAGAAUCUGAGAAACAGGAGCAAAAGGAGGUUGCCAAGACAACAGCACCAUUGAUGGCUGCUGCUGUGAUUAGCGAUAAUGAGAAAUCAAAGAUUUCCAAUGAGAGGGAUCAGAUGGAAGAUGAGAGACAGAAAUAUGAUGAUGAAAGGAAGAUGAUGGAAGAAGAUAGAAUGGGGUUUGACAAUCAGCGUCAAGAAUGGCUGGAUGAAAUCAAAACUCUACAACUUGCCGUAGCUGUCAACACCAAAGAGAGUGCUGAGUGGAAAGCCAAGUAUACAGGAAUGAAGGAACAGCUUGAAGAUAGUGCAACACUACAUGCCAAGUACAAGGCCUUGGAGGACCAGUAUAAUGCUAUGGCCGUCAUUGUUGCAGCUUCAGAAUCCUCCAAGAAAUUAGCUGAGGAGAAUGCUAAGAAGACUAAGGAGGAGAAAAAUAUGAUGGUGGUGGAGCAGGACAAAACAGACAUGGAAAUAGAAAAGUGGGAGGAAGAAUUUGUCCAGAAAAAUGGCCGACCUGCUACUGAUGAUGACAAGCCAGACUCUGUAAAAGAGUUAUAUGUACAGAAGGAAGAAUUAGCUACUAUGGUCACUUCACUUGACAAGAAGAUUGAUACUUUUGCAAAAGUUGAAAAAGGGAAAAUUCCUGAUCCCCCAGAUGUGCCUCCAGUUCCUGUUGUUGUCAAGGACCCAGAAGUACAGGUGGUUGAGGUCAAGGUACCAGAUCCAGCAAUAGUGGCUCAGUUGGAGGCGUCAUAUGAGGAAGUCCGUAAGCUGAGAGAACAGAUCUCGGAUCUACAGCAGGAAAACGUGAACCAGAGCUCUAAGAUUUCUCAGCAGAACGAGGAGCUCUCCAAACAGAGAGACCGUAUUACUGAACUGGAACAGGAGGUAGCUGCAUUGAAGGCUGCUGCUGUGGCUGCAGCGGCCGCCGGGGCUAGCAGUGCUGAAUUGGAUGAGCUGAAGAAAGAAAACAGGGAAAUGAAGAAGGACUUGAAGAAGUUACUUAAAAAACUGGAGAAGACCAAGAAAGAAACUGAUCCUGCAUUAGCUGGAUCUCCAGAACAGAAGAUUUCAAACUUAGAGGACAAAGUCAUUGAUAUGGAGUCGAAGAACGAGGGUUUGAUGGAGGAAAAAGACAAGUUGACUUCUGAGAGAAACAAUCUGCUGGAACAGAUGGCGGCAUUACAGCUACAGCUAGCCACAGCAGAAACAGCUGCCCAUGUCGGCACCAGUGAACCAGCCAUAGUUCCCAUUGCAGCACCUGUCCCUGUUCAGUCAAGCCGUGGACAGGAGUGUCCAGUGCCUGGCCACGCUGAUCUAGUGGAACAGUUGGAGAAAAAGACGGAGGAGAUAGCAGAGAAAGACAUGAGGAUACAGGAACAGGAGCAACGCAUCUCUGACAAGAUACAGGAGAUUGAAAAGGUCAAGAGCGAGCUGAAGGACAUGAGGAAGGACAUGAUGAAAAUGGCCAAACAACACAGCAAGCUUCAGCUUAAACUCAAAGAUCUGGCUGAGUUUGAGAAAACCAAGAAGCUGCUGGCUGCCUGUAGCGUACACGAGAUCCACGGGGAGGUUCCUGACGCAGCCAAUGGUGUGGUUACCAAGCUUACCUUAGCUACUGCUGAUGUAGCGACAGCCAGAAUGCCGUACGAUCAGAGCCAGAAGGCUGUGGAUGCAUGGGAGGAAAAAUACAAGAAAAAGAAUGGAAAAGCACCAGGUGAAAAAGACAGAGAUGCUGAAGGCAAAAAGGUUUAUGGUGCAAUGGAUGAGAAGAAGACAGCUCUAGAUGAUUCCAAGAUAAAUGUGGAAGCACUCCAGAUUAUGAAGUCAGGGGACUACAUUGCUCCGGUGUCUCGUCAAGUGUCGUCUGUACAGGAUAUCAAAGAGGAGGGAGCUAUGGUCGAACAGAUUGAACACCAGAUGUCCGCUAUGGACAACAAAGUGUCUGACCUUGAGACGGAAAAUGAUGAUCUAAAGAAAGAGCGGAGCCAAAUGGCUGCCAAGAUGAUGGACCUUGAAAACAAGUUGGAGGAAGCCAAGAACCAGGCAGAACUACAAGCCAGUCUGGCCAUGGGUACCAACACCGAGGAAUUGUCGGAGCAGAUCAGUCGUCUCCAGUCUCAGGUGACAAGUUUGGACACAGCUCUAUCUCAGGAAAAAGCUGCACACAGCAACACCAAAGAUGAGCUGGAAAAUCUCCACAAACAGAUGGCCGUCCUUCGUGAGGAGAUGAACAAUGAGAAGGCUGAUAUCAAAGCUAAACUGGACAGUAACAACAAGACUUCCAAGGCCAUUAUGAAAGCUAUGGAACAGGAGCUUGACAAAUCUAAGGCCAGGAUUGAGGAGUUAGAGAAGGAGAGACUGGCCAAUGUACCAAUGGACACUGCCAAGGAAAUAAAAAAUCUACAAACCAAGAUUGCAGCUCUAGAGAAGGAAAAGACUACCUCAGGUACAGCGGCCGCUGGCCUAACUGGUCAGUUGUCAGAACUACAGACUAAGCUGGACAGUGCUAACAAAAAUCUGGAGAGCCAGCGAGCUGCCAAUAGGGACCUAGAGGCCAAAUUUAAGAGUGCCAAGACAGAAAAAGAUAAAGCAGUGAGAGAUGCUGUGUCGGUGCAGGAGAAAAAGGACCAGGCGAGGAUGAAUGAUGACAAGAAGAGGAUUUCAGCUCUCGAGAAACGUAUCAAGGAGCUAGAGUCGGCAGGAGUUAAACCUGGUGUUGGUGCUGUUAUUGCAGGGGGUAAGGGCGGUGCUUCGGAUGCUGCAGUGAAAGCAAUGCGAGAACAAAUGACCAAAAUCAAACAGGAGAACAAUGAACUAAACACACGAAUCAAACAACUGGAGAUCGACAUGAAGCGUGGUGGACGACCAGGCACUUCUGCUGGAGGGACAGCAGAGGAUAAAAAUGCACAGAAAAGAAAUGAAAAGAUCCUCAAAGAACUGGAAAAGAAGAUUGAAAUAGAGAAGAAUAAAACAACAAAACUAGAUGAAAAUCUCAAAACUACAGAGGACGAACUCAAAGUAACAAAGAAGGAACGUGACAACACUGCCAAUGAACUUAAGAAGGUGAAGGUUGAACUGGAUACCCUAGGAAUGGCUGCCAAGGAGGGUGUAGAGGCAGCUACUAAGGUUAAAAACUUGGAGAAAGAAAACAAGAAACUUGGAGAAGAAAACAAGACCCUCACAGAAAACUACAACUCUGAGAGGGUUCUCCGUAGAAAGUAUUUUAACAUAGUUGAGGACAUGAAAGGGAAGAUUCGAGUCUACUGUAGGGCCAGACCACUUAGUGGAACUGAGAAGGAGAGGGGUAAUGUGUCAGUCCUGAAGUCUCCCGAUGAAUACUCCAUCUCCGUGGACUCAUCCCGUGGCACAAAGGAGUUUACAUUUGACCAGAUCUUUAUGGAAGCCUCCACACAGGAGAAAAUCUUUGAGGACACUAAUAAUCUGAUCCAGUCUGCAGUGGAUGGAUUUAAUGUGUGUAUCUUUGCCUAUGGACAGACCGGCUCGGGUAAAACAUUCACCAUGAUUGGUGACAAAGCUCAGCAGUUCCCUGGAAUCGCACCAAGAGCAUUUGAAAGGAUCUUUGAAUUGGCACAAGAACUCAGAUCCAAGUUCACCAUCACUGUGACUGCCUAUAUGAUGGAGCUGUAUAAUGACAAACUCAUCGACUUGUUUGCCAAGCCAGGGACAUCCGAUGAGGAUAAGAUGGAGAUUAAGAAGGACAAGAAGGGUAUGGUGUUUGUACAAGGGUCAUGUGUAAAGGAUGCACACAAUGCCAAAGAGCUUGGUGCUCUGUUUGACGAGGGCAGCAAGAACAGACAUACUGCAUCCACAAAGAUGAAUGCUGAGAGCUCACGUUCCCAUCUCAUUAUCGGGAUCAUGAUGGAGAGUGUCAACAAGGCCACAGGACAAGUGCUCAAAGGGAAGCUCAGUUUGGUGGAUUUGGCUGGCAGUGAGCGGGUGGCUAAGACAGGCGCCGGAGCAGAACAGCUCAAAGAGGCUAUGUCAAUCAACAAGUCCUUGUCAGCUCUGGGAGAUGUGAUUUCUGCUCUGAGUAGUGACCAGCAGUUCAUCCCCUACAGAAACAAUAAACUCACCAUGUUGAUGCAGGACUCCUUGGGAGGCAAUGCUAAAACACUCAUGUUUGUCAACAUCUCCCCAGCUGACUACAACCAGGAUGAAACCAUUAUCUCUCUCAUGUACGCCUCUAGAGUUAAACUGAUCACUAACGAUGCAUCCAAGAAUGCUGACAACAAAGAGAUUGCCAAGUUGAAGAAUAUCAUUGCCAAGAUGAAGAAGGGAGAAGAUAUCGAUGAUGUGGAAUAAACAUGUUUACUCUCGCUCACAGAAGACUGUUAUCAACACAUAACUGGUGGACAUCUCUCAAAACUUUACUAGUGGAUAUCUCAACAUAUCUGUUAACUAGACUACUUAUUGACAUCUCGGUAUAUCUGUUUCGAUGUGGACCAGGUGAAGCCUGUGAUCGUAUUAUAAUCCAGUCACUUUCAUUUUCAUCUUGAAUGGAUGUAUAACUGCUUUACAGUUUGUCAUUCCGUUCUCCUCCAAUGAUUUAGGGAUAUCCUUUUCCUCCAACUACCAGGGGACAACUGUCUUGUCUUUCUCCUCUGACUUCCAGGGGACAACAGUCUGUAUUUCCCCUCCAGCUACCGGGGGACAACAUUCUGUCUUCCUAUUCCAAAUACCCUGGUACAAUCAGAUAUUUAGGUGUCUGUCGAGACAGGACUACAUUAGAUUUUCAUGUAUUAUUGACUUUUUUGUCAGAUCUUAGAAAGCAAAACAUUUUAUUGACAAAUUCAUUUCUGAAUAAAUGUACCUGAUGUUGUUGAUAUCCCAUGGAGUUACUUUCAAAAUAUAUAAUAUCAAACAUUAUCGAGAUCAAUAGCCGAAUAUGAAAAUAUAUUAAAAUGUCUGUGAUUAUUUGUUGAUAUAUUAUGGUGAUUUUACAUCUAUUUUUAUAUCUAUUUUUAAUGUAUAUUGUCAUUCCGUCCUCUAUACAUUCGAGUUGUGAAGCUAGUUUAUAUUCCUCUUGGUAAGUACAUGAGUCCUAAGUAUUUUUUCAUAACAUUCCAAUUCAAUCAAAAUAUAUUUGUCAUGAGAAAUUACAGGAUAGUCCAGUUAUACGAAUUACAGCAGGAAGUACGAUAUAAAAUAUAACUGUUGUUUAAUUGUGUUAAAAUUUAUAUUUUAUGUCGUUAAGUAUUUUUUACAAUUUUUCCUGUUUGAGUAGAUUAUUAAUCUUAUUUUUGUAUCACUGUGAUAUGCACUGUUGAAGACACAAGCAUGUCUUUUAUUUCGAUUAGUCCAAAUAUGUUUUGUACAUGGAAUGGGUGAAAAAAAUCUGAUAAUGUUAUCAUUUCACAAAUUCAACAAGUGAAAUUUUGAAAUAUUGGUGUUUGGUUGUUUCUCACUAAAUGUUAACGCCCUCGAAGAGUUAAGAUAAAGUUUGUUUUCUGUGCUUUGAUUUGCACCUGCUGGGAAACAAGAAGCUAGGCUGUUUUACAUUCACUUUGCAUAUUGAUGUUUCAUAAAAAAUGUAUUCAUUAACCGUACAAUAAUAUGUAUUACUUAAUAUGAAGUGUGUUAAAAAAAAUUGAAGAAAAAUGUGGGGAUAAUAUGCAAAUUUUUGCUUACUGAUAAUUGAUGUAUCUUGUUGUUUAAUAUGUUAUGAUAUAAAAAAACAACAUUUUAACACUAUUGAAAACAUAAUUAUAUUUACCCGAAGGCUGGUCCUUAACAAUGAUAUGAUGUUUGAUUAAAUGUUAUAAUUAGUAUAAACACAUAUAAUACUUCACCGUCAGCUCUUCUUGUGAAAUAAAUUCUGAAUAAAGACAAAAUUUUGUUAAUUCAAAACUUACAAAAAAAAAAGAGGAAAACUUUUUGCCAAGGAAUUCAAUUUGUUUAUGUUUUAUUAUUUGUAUUGAUAUUUGAAAACAAGAAGAGUUGAUACACUACUCCGUCCACUACUAGCUAGGUAUCAAGUCCCCUAAGUGACCCACUGCAGGACACGUGGUCAUGUGACGUAACAAAUUAAUGUAGAUUUUCCUCUAAUCUUUUCUAAUAAAGUGCAAUCUAGUAAA